AGCCUCUCCAAAACCCUUCCUCGCGCCGGCGCACCCAACUCCUGCCCAAAUGCUGCUCCGACGAGUAGCCGCAUUAUGCACAGCCACCGCCCGCCGAUUAUCAACGGCGGCGGUUCUCCAAGAAGUAGAGACUGUGCCUGAAUUCACCUACCUGGAAGGCCUCCCCAGGCCGGACCCUAAGUACGACGAGACAAUCUUCGCGAUUCCGCGCCCAAAGUCCGGGAAGAACAUCGCCGCUAAGGAGAGAUCUUCUGGUCGCGUCCCUAGCAUCGUCUUCGAGGCUGAAGAUGGACAGCACGGAGGCAACAAGCUCCUCAUCUCCGUACGGACUAAUCAGAUAAAGAAGCUCGUGAAUCAUCUCGGUCGAUCCUUCUUCCUUUCCCGGCUUUUUGAUCUCGAGGUUCGAUCGGAUUUCGAGUCGCAGGAUAUUGUUGAGAAAGUCCGCGUUUUGCCUCGGAAGCUUCAUCUACAAGCCGGCAGCGAUGCAGUGCUCAAUGUUACCUUCAUCCGAGCACCAUCUACUGCUUGGUUAAAGGUGGAUGUUCCUCUCGUGUUCAGAGGAGAAGAUGUUUCUCCUGGAUUGAAAAAAGGUUCGCAACUGAACAUCAUUAAAAGAACUGUGAAAUACAAGUGUCCGGCAGACAUCAUCCCCCCUUACAUCGAUGUGGACUUAAGCGAGCUGGAUGUCGGCCAGAAAAUAGUGGCGCAAGAUCUCAAAGUUCACCCGGCGCUCAAACUUUUACGAUCCAAGGAUGAGCCCGUCUGCAAGAUCAUGGGCGCUAGAGUUUCCGAUCAACGGAAAUCCAAGUGAGCAGAUAUCUCCAUUCCAAUCCAUUUAUUUACCGGUAAGAAACACACUCUGCCUGUCUUGUUUAUUGCAGUUUUGUAGUUUUUGUGUAACAACUUAUUUGGUAAUAAACUGUGCCUUCUUUAUAAUUUUUUGGGUUUUUAUUAAAUGUGUGAUGAGCAUUCCAAGUGUUGAAUUUUCAUCAUUUUACGAGGUGACAUUU